UGUCUCUCUCUCUCUCUGUCUCUCUCUCUCUCUCCCUCUCUCUCUGUCUCUCUCCCUCUCUCUGUCUCUCUCUCUCUCCCUGUGAACCAGCUUCCUGUCGACUCCCUGAGAGAGCAGAUCUGCCAAACAACAUGGAGUCAGGAGAGGAAGAGCAGGAGGAAGGAGGAGAGGAAGGAGGAGAGGAAGAGCAGGAGGAAGGAGGAGAGGAAGACUCCUCCUCUGGUGUCCAGGCCGUGGGGGAGGAAGAGGUUCCAGAGCAGAAAUCCUCCGCAGAGCGACGAGCUCCGCCCACCAGUCUGUCUUUGUCACGACCAACGAAGAAGAAGAAGAUCCUGGUGGCUCCGGCUCUCAGUCUGUCUUUAGGGGGCCGCAGUGAGUCCAGCGUUUCAGGCGACUUCCCCUCGUGCUUCCUCUCGCCGUCCCCUGAAGACGACGAUGACCUGGCGCCGGCCUUCGACCUGGACGACAUGGACACGCCCUCUGACAGCGAGUCGCUGCCCUUCCCCAUGUAUGACCUGGAAGAUGACCUGCGGCGUCUCGGCGUGGCGACCCAGCACCGCGGGGGGUCCGGAUCCAGACCCCGGUCCGGGUCUGACUGCCAGACCGGUUCUGGACCGGAGGGGGGCCGCGAGACCCCGGGGUCUCUGGAGCAGGAGGACGUGGUGGACGGGACCGGCACCAGGUGGCGCCGCUUCUCCACCGGAGACCCGCCGCAGGAGAGCCGGGUCGACAUGAGCGUCCUGGAGCCGUUCCUCAGGGUCCUGUCCCACGCAGGUUACUAUGGAGACGGGACAAAUGACAUCAUCGUGUUUUCUUCGUGCUUCCUGCCGCAGAACCACCUGGAGAACUACGGCUACGUCAUGGACCACCUGUUCAGGUACGUGGUGGGGACUCUGGACCUGAUGGUGCAGGAGGACUACGUGGUGGUCUACCUGUGUGCCGGAGGCCAGGAACCGCCACACCCACGACUGCUGCCCUCAGCUGGGCUGGCUGUGUGUCUCUGUCCACUGUGUGUGUGUGACUGUGUGUUGAGGAAGAACCUAAAGGGUUUCUACGUGGUUCAUCCCACCUGGUACAUCAAGGCCCUCGUCACCAUCAUCAAACCCUUCAUCAGCUCUAAGUUCAGCAGGAAGCUCCAGUUCGUGUCCAGCCUCUGUGAUCUCUCUCACCUGGUCCCUACUGAGCAUGUGCAGAUCCCAGACUGCGUCGCCCGGUACGACCAGAACCUGAGCAGCUGAAGCCACGCCUCCUCCUCUGCUCCUCCUCCUCUGCUCCUUAUGUUACUAUAAGAUCAAUAAAAUGUGGACACACUU